AUGUCUCAAUAUGGAGGACCAAAGCCACCCGUUUGGGGUGCUCGUCCUACAGGAAUGCCGACCAACGCCGGUUUGUACGCCGGCCAGUUGACAGCCGGUCAACUUGGAAUGGGAUUGAAUGCGAUCAAUCCGGGAAUGAUGAAUCUCGGCGGAAUGGUUAAUCAAGCUGCUUUUGGAGCACCACAGGGAAUGGGCCUUGUCGGAAUGAAUCCAUUGGCCGCCGCACAAGCUCGUCAACAACCCCAACAAUCCGUUCAAACAGCGCCAGCGCCUGCUCAACAAAUGGCCUCGAAAAAUCAACGAACUUUCAUCGGAAGAGUGACAAAAAUGCAUGACAAUUAUGGUUUUGUCGAUGAGGAUGUUUUCUUUCAAGCAAGUGUUGUUCGAGGAACACUUCCUCGAACUGGCGAUCGAGUGAUGGUUGAAGCGAGCUACAAUGCAGCGAUGCCCUUCAAGUGGAAUGCUUAUCGAGUGCAAGUGAUGAACGAUGGCGUUCCACAACAACAACAACCAGUCGCUCCCGCUUUCGUCGCUCAACCACAAACAUUUCCCGCAAAAAGCACACGUGAGACGACUGGAGGACGACAAACAAAUUGGGGACCACCAGAAGGAGGAAGAACUUCUGUGCCACAAAGAACGAGAAGUCCUGUUCAAAGGAGAAGUUCGCCAAGAAGAUCUCCACCACGAAGGACCAGUCCACGACGAUCACCGCUAAGAAAUCGCUCACCAAAGCGAUCGGAAAGAACAACUUCACCGAAGAAACGCGAGGUUUCUCGAGAGAGAAAAGAGCCACGAGAAGAAAGGAAAAGAGAAAGGGAAAGGAGUCCGCCAACAAGGACGGGAAGUGCUGUACCAUCACGUCGUGAUUCUACCUCUCCACCAAGACGACGGCAACGAAUCAUUCCGAGAUAUGUCUGCAAUAUGCCAAAGAAUUCACCUAUGGGAAUGAUUUCGGCGGCUUGUUUGAAGAAACGCUACGCCUCGAUCUACGUUCCAUCAGAUUUCUGUGAAAUGAGAGUCGAUUGGAGUUCAAUGCCACCAAACCAAUACAUCGAUAUGGCUUAUCCAGCUCAUUUCCAUGUCCUCCCAAAAGAAGUUGAUCCAUUGGAAACCCUGCCGGAGCUCGAACCAAGUGAUGCCGAUCAUCGAUAUCAAGUCAAGGUACUCUUGCUCUCGCAUGCUGGACGAGCUGCAAUCAAUCAGAAAGCGUUUGGUUUGGCAAAAGAUGGGAAUCUUGAUGAGUCGUAUGAGCCAGUGGAUCUCUUCAAAACAAUCAGCUUCCUCGUCGGCUGUCGAAAUAAAGAGAUGGUGCCUCUCGGUGGAAGCUAUUCCCCUUCAUUGGAUGGACAAGAUCCCCUCUCAAUGGGUACAAUGAUUCGCACAGCCACUCGUUGUGUCAAAGCACUCACUGGAUUGGAUCUCUCAAAUGCUGCUCAAUGGUUUCAACUCGGACAAUUGCGGUACUACCGAGCGGACAAGGAUCGCGCUGAUCGGGUUACUCUGCUCAUCCCAUCGUCUGGCGAGCUGCAACCGACAGACGAACGUUUCGCUACGUACUGUGAUGCGUUGCGCAGCCAGCUUGGUGCCAAAAUGAACGCCCUGGAAGCACCAAUCUCAGAAACGUUGAAGGAGAUUGAGCCAACAACCGCAACAACUCCAACCGUCAUCGUGCAGGAAAGUUCGGCGCCAGCAGUGGACCCAGAAAUGGAGGAGGGAGAAGAGCCGACACAUUGGAGUAAAUUGGAUGUGAAAACGAUGAAGGUUGUUGAGUUGCGCUCGGAAUUGGCGGCUCGCGGACUUGAUUCGAAGGGAAUUAAGACAUUGCUCGUGCAACGUCUCGAAGAGGCUCUCAUUAAGGAAAAGGCAACUGAUGGUGGAAUGGCACCGGAAGAGCCGGCGAAGGAGGAAAAGAAAGAGAAUGGAGAUGAAACAAAAGCACCAACUGAGGAGCGUAAAGAGGGAAUCAAGCCGGCUGAAGAGACUGAAGAACAGAAGAAAGCGCGCGAAGAUGAGGAACGCAAGAAAAAGGAACAAGCGGAAAAGGAACGCGCCGAGAAGAAAGCGAGUCUCGAGAAGAAAUACGCAUUGCCCACUGAGACAAAGGCUUUCGUCUUUCCGAAUCGUGAUUUUAAAGCCGGCAAAUUCGACUGUAAAGUGGUGAACUUGAAAACCCUGUUGGACUAUCGUCAAGAGGAUAAUAAAGAACAUCAAUUCGAGGUUUCUCUUUACGCUGAAGCUCUUCGUGAACUCACUGAGCGUCACUAUGCUUACGUGAUUUCGACGGGAAUCGCUCGAGCUGGAGAACGGGAUGAAGAGCGCAAACGUCGCGAUGACGCUUACAAACCGGAGACGCAAGAAGAAGAAAAGAAUGAGACAAAAAUCGACACUGAAGAGAAUGGACUGGUCGAUUUGACGAAAGACGAUGAUGACAAGAAAGAUGAGAAAAAGGAGAAGAAAUUGGAUCUCAAGGCGAACGUUCACAAUACAAAGCUCUUUGAGGCUUUCGCUUUCUUCGAUUCAAAUUUGCUUGGGUAUCUUCAAGAAGGCGAUUUCGAGGAAAUCCUCUCGAUCACCCGGCUUGGUUUCAAUCGAUCGGUGAUCAAGAAAUUGUCGAGCAAAUGGGCAAGACAUGAGAAGAUCAGCUAUCGAUCGUUGACUGAUCAACUUUUGGAUAAAGAUGGAAAUCCUCGAUUUGUGCCGUCAAGCGAUGAGGGAUCGGCUUUGCUGUUAAUGAUCGGCGGAUUUAUCGAGCGUCUAGGCGAUGAAGUGGCUCGAGGCAAUGAGAGCUUUUCUGGUGAUGGUGGGGUGGUGAUGGUGAAUGGCUGCGCUAUCAAUGUCGAACAGAAACUCGGCGAGAUCAAGAGACUCGAGAACGAGAAGGAAGCGGCUGUCACAAAAUACGCUCAAGCAGAGACAACAAUCAAAACUUUGAAAGAGACGAGGGAUCAUCUCGAGAAACGCAAGAAACGCUUGGAAGAUGAUGUGGAUCGCUAUAGGAGAAAGGCACAUGAUGCAGAGAAGAGCUUAAAGAGUGCUCACGACGAUAGUGCUGGAGCUCGAACGGCGCUGAUUGACGCGAAAAAAGUCGCUGAAAAGCUGCUCGAUGUGAUCGUUAAGGGAUUACCUGAAGAGAAGAAAAAGGAGGAGAAGAAGGAAGAGAAAGAGGUGAAACCAGUCGAGAAUGGCACAAAGACGCCAAUUUUGGUAGAAGACGAAGAAAUGGAAUUAGCCGAUUCAGUUGGUGAAGAACUCCCCGAAAAGAAAGAGGAUGAAAUCGAAGAGAUUCAAGAGGAUGAUGUCGACGAGGAAUCACAACCACCUAGUGAACAAGUGCAAGAAGAAAAGCAAGAACAAGAAGAACAACAAUCAAUCGAUGCU